AAGGGAAAUUCCUGCGCUUCUUUGUUUUCAUUCGAAAAAUUUGCAAGAAUUAAUUCAAGAUCAUCAAAAAUGUUCAAUUUCGAUGGUUCUUUCCGGAGACUGCCUGUACAAUCGUUGGGAGGAUCGUCUGUAGAAACAGAUAGAAGUCAACUGAUCAAAAAAGCUCAAAUAGAACGAAAGAAACGAGAGGAAUUAAGAGUUAAACAUUUAUCAACCAUUAAAAUUCAGAAAUUGAUUAGGAGUUUCCAUCAUAGGCAAGUGAUUAAGCGACAGGAGCGAGUUAAUUAUGAAAACUACUUGAAAACAAAUCGAUUGGAAAAUUUUCAUGACUUGGAAUUUCUCCUUAAACGUUUACUUUAUUUCUACGAAUUGGAUGACAGUGCAAAACUGAUUACGCUUUGUCAAUUCAUAAUCAAAAAUAUCAACAAAUUCUUGGAACUAGUUCUUACAUCAAAUGACGAAAAUAUCAAAAUUCAAUGGCAGUUUCGAGUAAAGAAGCUCUUAACGAUAUGUCUCAAACAACUAUUCGCAUCAACAUUACCUAUAGCUAUUCCAAUGAGGACAAUCGAAACAUUCACUUCCUUUGAAUCAAUCAAAAAAUUAGCUCCAGCAGAUGUGAAUGAGCAGGAAAUCCUUAAAUUCCUUAAACGAGAAUUUUCGUACAUGAUUGAACAAAAUUACUUCCAAAAUGUCCGUAAAAUGCUGGAUGAGAUGAUUAAUCAGGAUACUUAUGAUGAAAUAACUACAAUUCCGAAAAAAGAGAUGUCGAAAGUCAUACUGGAAAUGAUUGAGCGGCCACUGAAGCUUGUGAAUAACUUGAAUUAUGACGAGGAAUUUGAUUCAAAGAUUUUAUCUUCAUUUGUCAUUGAAUUUCUAUCAAAAGACUCAAAUUAUACAAUCCGUAACUUUAUCAUCCCGUCACUAGCAUCAAAGCCGGUCUUUCCAUUCGUUAAAUUAAUCAAUUUCUUGUACAAUGUCCAUCAAAGAGUCAACGGAACCGACAACAAUAAUCAAGGUGAAGGUAAAAGACCAUUUAAGAAUAUAAAAUUCAAUGGAUAUCUUCUGUACGCAAUUCUACAUCUCGAUGUCAACUAUCUCGAUCAAAUUAUCAGCCGAAAUUUGCUUCAACAAUAUCUAACACUUAUUGGCACCAUGACAAGUUGCAUCUAUAAACUCCCAAAAGCAAAUGAAUAUACGAAAUUCAGCAAUUUCGACGACGAUUCGGACGACAUAAUUCGAGAUGCAAAUGACAGCGAUGAAAGUGACGAUGAAACAACACAGGAUGAGGAAAUGCAACCACAAUUUGAAAGACUGAUUUUAUUGGAUGUUAUACAACAGAUAAAUGAUGAGAGUCGUGUGAAUGUGAUAGUGAAGAAUAUUGAUUCCGUUUUGAAUCUUCCGGAUGUCAUCCAUAGUAUUUGUGUCAUUGCUCAUAAUCUCAUGAUUUAUAAUCGCGCUGCAAUGAAUGAAUAUAGAUUACUGGAUCUUCUAGCAUUCAAGCCAAAUUUCAUCAGAGCACUUUGGUACACUUUGUUGACAUCUAAAACCGACAACGAUCAACUUUCAAUCAGCAUAUUAUCAAGAGGCAUAACAAUCUCACCAGACCAGAGCGAUAAAGUAAUUCCAAUUCUAGCUGCUUUCUGUGCACUACUCGGUCGUCUACUGUCAACACUUCAUGACGGUGAAUUUUAUUACUGCAGUUUUGGCAAUGAUGCACAUUCAGACAUGUCAGAUGAUAAUAUUGAGAAUAUUGAACCGAUUGCUAACAAUGUAAUGCCUUUCCACAUAAAAGAUAUCAUUCAUAUGUGCUUAACAUUGAAGGAAUUAUCAAUUGGACUUGUUGAGUUGGCAUUUCCAGAGACACGAUCAGCAGUUCGAGAUCAUUACAGAAGCAUCCUGUUAGGAAAUGAGUCAGAAUAUCAAGAUAAUGCUAUUAUUAACCAGCAGAAGACAAUUUGGACACAAUUGUUAAAAGUUUGUGUAUCACUGCUGAGACAGUUCCAUACGCGUGACUUGAGAUGUGGAUUUUGUCCAUCAGAAAAUUGGAUAGCACCAACAUUAAAUAUUCCACUUGAUAGACCGAAAGACUUGACAUUUUCAAGAAGACGUGGACCAAGACCAUUUCAGCCGAUUAGAGACUUCACAAAGAAGGAUAUUGAAGAAGGUCCACCAAUAUCAACAAAACAAAUUCGUUCAAUUACAAUUUUAAAGGAAAUUCCAUUUGUAGUUCCGUUCAAUAAACGUUAUGAAGUUCUUCAAGGUUUAUUGGCUGCAGAAAAGCUCAGAAGUCAAGGUGACAUGCAAGGAUUUCUUCAAGGUCCACAAACUCAUAUAACUGUCCGUAGAACUCAUUUGUAUGAGGAUGCAUUCGAUAAAUUGUCACCCGAAAAUGAGCCAAACUUAAGAACUAAGUUCCGUGUCCAAAUGAUUAAUGAGCAAGGCUUAGAAGAAGCUGGAAUUGAUGGCGGUGGAAUUUUUCGUGAAUUUCUCAGUGAAUUAAUAAAAUCGUCAUUUGAUCCAAAUAAAGGAUUCUUUAUUCUUACGAAAGAUAACAUGCUGUAUCCAAAUCCUAGUGCCAGUAUUAUUCAUGAGAACUUUAAACAGCAUUAUUACUUCAUUGGAAGAAUGCUUGGUAAGGCACUAUUUGAGAAUCUUCUUGUGGAACUUCCACUUGCUGAAUUUUUCUUAUCAAAACUUGCUGGUCGUCAUACUGACAUUAUUGAUGUUCAUCAAUUGACGUCACUCGAUCCGGACAUGCAUAAGAAUUUAAUGAAACUUAAAAGUUACACGGAGAAUGAUUUUAAGGAACUCGGACUAGACUUUACAGUUGUAUGUGAUGAUCUUGGUGAUACGAGAGUUGUUGAUUUAAAAACAGAUGGUUCCAAUAUUACAGUUAAUUCCUCCAAUUGGAUUGAGUACAUUCAAGCAAUGGCUGAUUUUAAAUUAAAUCGACAAAUUCACGAACAAUGCAAGGCAUUCCGUCAAGGCUUAGCCAAUGUCCUUUCAAUAUCAUGGCUAUAUAUGUUUAAUACAAAAGAACUUCAAGUGCUUAUAUCAGGUGCUGAAAUUCCUGUUGACGUUGAGGAUUUAAUGAAGCACACAAGAUAUGGAGGCGAUUAUAAUCCAGAGCAUGAGACAAUCAAGAUGUUCUGGAAUGUUGUAAGGAACUUUAAUGACUUGCAACGACGUCAACUGCUUAAAUUUGUCACAAGCUGUUCCCGUCCACCUCUGUUAGGUUUUAAGGACUUAGAUCCACCAUUUUGCAUACAAAAUGCUGGCGAUGAUGCUGAUAGAUUAGCUAGUGCUUCAACUUGUAUGAAUCUACUAAAACUGCCGACUUAUAUUGAUGAAGUGACGAUGAAGGAAAAGCUUCUUUAUUCAAUUUCAAGUGGCGUUGGUUUCGAGUUAAGUUAAGUAAGUCAGAUAUAAACAGACAUGAUAAAAUCAGAAGAAAUGCUUUCCUUCUUUUGAUUGUGUGAUGGUCAAUAGUGGUAAAUAAUUGUAUGAACUUUAAAUUAUUGAUUUUAAUUUUUUUUCUUUGAUGAUAACAUGAAAAAUGCAGAAAUGUUAUGAAUGAAACAAAAAAGAUGAAAUAAAUAUAUGUUUUGAGUCAGUAAUAUGC